CGCCGCCGGUUGCUUCCGGGUGCUGUGUUGCCUUCGGCGGCGUCGGUCUUCCUGAAGGAGCCCCCACUGCGAUCUUGCUCGUCUCGCGGCGCCUCCAACCAAGAUGAACCGCUUCUUCGGAAAGUCGAAGCCCAAGGCGCCGCCUCCGAACCUGACGGACUGCAUCGGCACGGUGGAUAGCAGAGCAGAAUCUAUUGACAAGAAAAUUUCCAGGCUUGAUGCAGAACUGGUGAAAUACAAAGAUCAAAUGAAGAAAAUGAGGGAGGGGCCUGCAAAGAACAUGGUAAAGCAGAAAGCCCUGAGAGUCUUAAAACAGAAGCGAAUGUAUGAAAACCAGCGAGAUAACCUUGCUCAACAGUCUUUCAAUAUGGAGCAAGCCAAUUAUACCAUCCAGUCUCUGAAAGAUACAAAAACAACGGUUGAUGCCAUGAAACUGGGAGCGAAGGAAAUGAAAAAGGCUUACAAGCAAGUAAAAAUUGAUCAGAUUGAGGACUUGCAAGACCAAUUAGAAGAUAUGAUGGAAGAUGCUAGUGAAAUUCAGGAAGCAUUGGGUCGUAGUUAUGGAACCCCAGAAAUUGAUGAGGAAGACUUGGAAGCAGAGCUGGAGGCAUUAGGUGAUGAACUUCUAGCUGAUGAGGAUAGCUCCUAUCUGGAUGAAGCUGCAUCUGUUCCAUCAAUUCCAGAAGGAACUCCAACUGAAGCAAAAAACAAAGAUGGUGUACUGGUGGAUGAAUUUGGAUUGCCACAGAUCCCUGCAACAUAACUUCUCUAGCCCAGAGGGACUGCUGCUUUUCAUCUUUCAAAUUUCUUAAGACCAUGAGUGGUGCAGAUAAAGCUUUCCAGUACCACUUGAUAUCACUACAUAACGGAAUGUGGAGUGAAUGAGUGACAAAUUCCCCUCCUUUUGAAGACAUUUUAUUACUAGCUUUUGUAUUAACAGCAAGAAAUUGGUACAACUCUUUCCUGCAGUGGGAUCUGUUCACAAGUUCUGAAAUUUGGCUUCAUCACUCCUGUAGUGUUGUAGUAUUAUUCUGAAAAUUACUUUGGGCUAUUUAUGGUUUUCUUUGAUUUAUAUUUCCCUGGACUACAAAGGGCACUGUGAUGGUAUUUCUUAGACUAACUUUAUUGUGCUUGCUUUAAUCAUGCAUAUUUUCUAAUAGUACUUCCAUUUCCCAUUUAUUGUGGAUAUAUUUGCUAUAGCCCUUAAAUGUAGCUGAGUAACAAAUACAAGCAAAGGAGAUUACAUUGUAUAAUCCAUUUUGACCUAAAUUAUAUACAGUUUAGGGUUGCUUGA